AUGAUAAUUUUAAUUUAUAUCACAUUAAUACUCGCAAUAAACGCUAAAAAGAAGUUUGAUCCAAUUUCUGUGAGACCUAGAACUUUCGAUAAGCAUAUUUAUUGCAUGGGAUGCUAGGCGAUUAUUAGGGAGACCUUGAAAGAAAUAAAAUAAAGCAGAAGCGAAGUUUUGAUUGAAGAUGCCUUGAGUAGAGUUUGUGAAAAGGAAUUCAAAGGAUAUGCAUAUAUCAGCAGAACAGUUGAAUCUGGAUGCACUGUAUUUAUUGGCGGUUGGAGAGACUAAUUGAGUGAACAUCUAAUGAAAAGAGAAUCAAAUGAAUCAAUUGAGGAUGAAUUUUGUGUAUAAUAUACUAAGGCUUGUUUUGAAAUAAAUCCAUUAGAAGUACAAGAGUACAGAAAGAAAAUGUAUAAAUAAAAAUAACCGGUGUAUAUGGAUGGAAAAUAUUAUAUGCCAGAUGAGAAUGGAUAUGUAGACAAGACAAGAGACUUAGUUGAUUUAUGAGUAUAUAGUGAGAAAUAUUUAUUU